UACUAACUUUAUUUAUUAAAAAAAGAAGGACUGGUAUUAAAGAUUCUUCAUAGCUAAAAAGCUCGUAAAAAUGGUAAUGUUUGAGGAAUUGGCAGAAGGGUGCAUUGCCACCAUACUGUCUCGUACAACUCCCGUUGACGCCGGAAAACUCUCCCUCGUUUCCAAAACUUUCCAUUCUGCUGCCAACUCCGACGAUGUCUGGGAUCGCUUUCUACCUCCUCAUUCUCCUUUCAUUGACUCUAUAAUCUUACAAUCUCCUUCCCUUGUCAAAGUUCCUACCAAAAAGGAUCUUUAUCUCGCCCUAUCUGAUCGCCCUAUAAUCAUUGACCAUGGUAAAAAGAGCUUUCAAUUGGAGAGAAAGAGUGGGAAAAAGUGUUAUAUGCUUGCUGCUAGAUCUCUCACUAUUAAUUGGGGUGACUCUGAGCGCCAUUGGAACUGGAUUUCUAUGCAUGAUUCCAGGUUCCCCGAAGUUGCUGAGCUUCGUGCUGUGCUAUGGCUUGAAAUUCGUGGGAUGAUAAACACCCCUGCCUUGUCCCCAAAUACUCAAUAUGCAGCUUAUCUUGUGUUCAAGAUGAUUAAUGCCCGAGGAUUUCAAAAUUGUCCUGUUGAGUUAUCAGUUGGUGUCGAAGGUGGCCAUAGUAUUACUAACAUUGUCUGUUUGGAUUCAAAUGUGGACGGUAGGUGGCACAACAGAGUUCUAGGAUUGCAACAGCCUAGUGUGAGAAGUGAUGGGUGGUUGGAGAUUGAGAUGGGAGAGUUCUUCAAUUCAGGCUUAGUAGAUGAAGAAGUCCAAAUGAGUGUUAUGGAUACAAAGGGUGGUCAGGGGAAGACAGGUUUAUUUCUUGAAGGAAUAGAAGUUAGGCCUAAGGAAGGAAAUUAAGCAUACAGCCGCAGGGGUCUUGCGUCUUGGACAACAUACUAUGUGACAUGCAUAUUCUUGUUCCAAAGUGUCUCUUUGUAAAGUAUAUGAAUAAGUUUGUGCGGGCAUCAUCCGUGAUCAUAAUGGGAACUUUAUUAAAGGUUUCUUUUGUAAGUUGGGUGAUGUUUAAUGCUAUUUGGGCUAAGAUGAUGGGUCUUCAACUUGGUAUCACUUUCGCUAGAUCUUUGUCGCUCUCGUAGAAUUUGAGCUUGAUUCAGCAAUUGUUAUGGACAUGGUAAACAAAGGCUUCACUAGCACUACUCUUCUUCGCUCUCACAACUGGAGGGUUCACAUUACGAUUACUCACCGAGAAGAAAAUGGUUGUGCAUAUUUACUUGCGUCUCAUGGGCAUUCGACAUCAUUCUCUUUAACUGUUAUUGAUAGUUCCUUCCCUUUAUUAGAUGCUAUUAUGUUAAAUACUCUGAUAACUGUGUUAUGGAUGUUACAACUAUAUAUUGUAAUGCAAUAUUUAUUUGGUGC